UGGUGAUCGAAUUAAAUGACUGCUACGACUGCAUACAAGCUAAAUUGCCCCAACAACAACAGACGCCAAGUCCAUAACAAACAAAAUAUCAAAAACUGGAUUAAUAGCAUAGCGAGUUUGUAUUUCAAUUGCUCCUAUGCUCCAUCUUAUAGUUGGCCUAAUUUUAAUUGUAAAUCAUUUCGUAGUAUUUAGCCGUAGUCCUUGAUUUAGGAUCUAAUGAAAAUUGGAAUUUAAAUAGCAUUUCAUUCUUCGUGUGUAACAACAUGUCCAGACCCGAUCUUUUUUUUUUUAAUGUUAUUUAUUAUUAAAGUCAAGUUAUGUUAUAUUUAUAUAAUCUACUAUUUUAUCUUCUCUACCACACUAUCGGUACGUAAUAUAUUGUUUAAAAAAUUUUCAAUCAUAUUAGUAUUAGAGUAAUUUACCACUUGAGCAUCUGUGUCCUAUGCAUAUGAGACUAUGGGCACUAUGGCAUGGCAUGCAGUUAUCAUGCAUUGUAACAUCUUACUGUUUGAAGUGCUAUUAUUUAAAUGGUUAUUAAAUUGUUUUAUUGAUCCAAAUAAAAUGGAAAUAUUUUUUAUUAAAUUGUUGCCUACAUAUUCAUUUCAGCACAUAGUCGAUAUCUUAUCAUGACCAUAAAAACUUCAAAACUUGAGGCUGCGAUAUCUCCUUUUAUUAAAUAGGAAUGCUUAUCAAAUGAAAUUUAUAAUUGUAGUAAAAUUAGUUUAGUAGUACAAAAUAUGCAACACUUGUUAGUUGUUAUAAGCAUAAAAAAGUAUUUUGCAAUCUAGCACUUACCAGUUGAUCACUGAAUAGCUGUAAGUAACACAAAAACAAGCAUGUGGUCUAAUUAACACUAGCGUCACCGGAAUACAAUCCCACAAUACGUCAUCGAUGAGGCAUCAAUUUAUUACAGAAAACAAAGACAAAACAGCAAAAAAACAAAAUAUAUAUAUAGCAGUGUGCAAAACCGGGUCACAAGUUUUUGUGUCAUUUUUUUAUAUGUGCAGAACGGAUGCGCCAUUGGGUUUCAUUAUCCCUAGAUAUAGCCUAUAUAAAUGACAACAAUUUUAAAAUAUAAUUUUUUUUUAACCCUUUAAUAAUUUUUUUUAAUGAAAAUAAAGCAGAGUUUAAGUUUAUAUCAUUAUCAUCUCCAUGAAAAUGAUUGCGGUACAUGAACCCAUGCAAAUAUUGAGGGAAAAGAUUGUGUCUUGUGCCAAACUGUCUUUUCAGUUUGCGCUUUGAGUUGAUCCACAUAAUUUCAAAAUUUUGUGUGUGUGGACAUCAGUAUUAUUUGGAUCUACAAAAUUUUAUUGAUCAACCACAACAGAGUGUUUGUAGAUUCUGUGUCUGAUCUGGUUUAUGUUUAUAUUAGCCCCCCAUCCACCCAAUACACAACGUGAGCCUGAAAGGAUAUAUCUCUCUAUGCACUCCUGUAACAUGAACGCACGUUGGUCUGGUACUUUAAUGAGAAAACAGUGCCCACUCUCUCUUUCUAUGCCACUGAAAACAUAGGCAUCCUCUCUCCAAUGUUCUUUUAACGGACAUCAAUAAAAGAAUAACCAUUAAAUAGCACUUCAAACUGAAACACCAUGAUUUUUUAAUAACUGAUGCUGAAGUGGUCCAUUUUUGUAGUCAAAAUAAUUGACAUUAGACUUAUUAAAAUUAAAGGAAUAAAUAAAAUAAGGGACAACAAAAUAGUUUUAAUUUAUAUUAAUUAUACAAUAGUAAUUAGUAUUACUAAUUAUCAUACUUAUUCAACUAGCCUACAUAAAAAUAAUUGGUAAUAUACGUUUGGCGGUUCUCCCUGUUUUAUCAUUUUUUUUCAUUACCUAUUUACAUAGCUCCCUUCUUUGUUGCUAUGACAGCAGAGUUGUAAAAAAAAGAGUGCAAAAAAAAAAAACAUGGGAGGAAAGGGGUUAUAGCUUAGAUAAUUGACUCAACAGGGAAAUAAUCAACCAUUAAAUUCAUUUAAGGCAUUAAAAAAAUUGUGGGUUAAUAGAAAUGAAGUCAGUGAAGAUGUUUGCUUUUAAUCUGUAAUGAAAUGUAUUUUAACCAGUUGCAGCUCUCUGGUGACCUGCUGGUUGUUACAUGAUGGAAGAUUUCCGUCACAUUUACGUACGGCUAUGUAAAGACCAUCACAUUGACCCACAAGAAUGUGUUUUAGAGAAGCUGAAAAGGUUAUUAGAAAUCAUGUUAAAUUUUAGACAGUUUAAUAUUUAUACUUAAUCUUAUUAACCUGAUUUAAAUUUUAUUAAAAUGACCUGUUACCAAUAAAGAAAUCCAUAUUUAUACUUACCUAAUAAUUAUUAAACUGUCAGUUACAUAAUAAUGCUUUUAUAUCCUCUUUUAUCCAAGAAAACUUUAAAUAACUUCACAGUAUACUAAUACUAGCAUUUCACUGAUUUCAGCCUUGAGUCAGGCAGCAAAAGUAAGGCUGUUCUAGACCUUUCUACUAACAGCUUAACACCUAAAACAUGUGCUGUACUUGGCAAGGUCCUAGCAUCUGAUAGAGCGUUUGUGGAAAUCAAAUUUGCUGAUUGCAUGCUUGCUGAAGAUGGUAAUAAACAAUAAUGCUGAGAUAAUGAUAUGUUAACAUAUGCCGGAUGUAAUUUUGGUCAUUGAUAAAUAACAAUUUCAAAAAUCAUGAUGCUCUAAUUAAAAAUUAGGUGGUUUUUUUAAUUGUGGGUUGAGCUACUUUAACUAUACUAUUACAUUAUCCAUUCUGUCUUAUUUUUAUUUUAAAAAAUAUUUUAAUAAAUUUCUAUUUCAUUUAUCUGCAGCAAUUAAGGGUUUAGCACAAGGUCUUGCACACAACACAUUUUGUCGCAAACUUGACCUCAAGGUAUAUGCAGUUCUUGAACAAAGUUACUCAUUUAGUUUAUGUUAUCACUUUCUAAGGCACUAGAUUUUUCUUUAGAAAAAAAAAUAUUAAAUUUUUUUUGAUUUACUGGAUUCAAAAGAUAAAAGCUAAUUUGAAAAGAUACAGAUAAUUUAUAUUGUUUAUUUGAAUGCUAUCUUUUAUUUUUAAAAAAUAAUCCUAAACUUUCAUUAUCAAUGGAUAUGGCUUUUCCAUUUUUAUAUACUAAAUAUUUUAUAAAACAAUAUAAUUAAAGUUAUUUAAAUGAGUAGUAUAUCACGUUAAGAAUGCUUUAAUUUAACUUUUAGGGUAACAAUAUUCGAGGGUCAGGUACUGAGGCACUUGGCAAAAUGCUACGACAAAAUAAAACGCUUGUAAGGUAAAAAAGCACUAUUUAAAAAUAAUAGAUCACUGAGUACAAAUAUAUCAACUAGUAAUUUUAAACUCUUCAUUGUGCAUAAAACCUAAUCUUUUAAAAUUUGUUAAGACACAAUUUUGGAAUCAUCAUGCAUGUCAAGUUUAACAGUUAAAAGUAAGAACUAACCUCAUUUUUCACAUCUGUGUAAUUAUUGUGAACAUCUUAUAUUUGCUCUAGAGUUUAGAGUUAGAUUUGUAUCAUAGGGUUGACAAGUCACAGUUCCUAAAUAUUUUUUUAAAAUCAGAAAUGUUUUGUUAUUAUUUAUUUAACCAUUACUAAAUAUGAAAUUAUGCUGUUGAUUUUUUUUUAGCUUAUGUUUAGAAUGGAAUGGUAUGGGAAUGUUGGACAACUCAUUUUCUGUGUUCUGUGAUGGAUUGGGAUCAAGUACAUCUUUAAGGGCUCUUGACCUGCGGAAUAAUCAAAUAAGUCACGACAGUGUUGGAGAGCUUGCAGCAUCACUUAAAAGAAAUGUUUAUCUCAGAGCUUUAGGUUAGUGCAUUUGGGGGUAAAAUAGAUACUUUAUAGUUCAAAUAUAGAAGUGGCUAUUUCUUUCUAUAGUCUAUUCUAGCUUUUAUGAAUUUGAAUUAGGAAUAUGAGCCAAAAUUAUAAUAUAAUUACUGAAGUUUAGUGUAAAUAUUGCACUCUUUUUUUUGUACAAAUAAUUUUUAGGGCACAGCUGUGUAAAGUCCACUGACAAAUAUAUAUUUUAUGACAGAUUUGCGCUGGAACAAUUGUGGAUUGCUAGGAGGCAGAGCUCUUCUAGAGAUGCUGCAGAGCAAUAAAACAAUUAGUCGCCUUGAACUUGCCGGUAACAAUGUCCCUACAGAUAUUCUCAAAUCAAUAGGUUGGUCACUCUGACAUUUUUCCUAUGAAAUAAACUUCUACAGUUUGAUGCCACUCCAAGUCUCUCUCAGCAUUACAGGAAAAAGUCUUAUUUAUAAAAGUCUAUUUAUAAAAGUCUAUUAAUAUUUUAGACCUUUUGAGUAAUCGUUAAAUAAAUGAUUCUAAUGUGGAAAAAAUGAUUGUUAUUGUUCAACAACAAUAUUUUUCACUGACAUUAUUCUAUGAUUUAAAAGAAAAAUGUAUCUACAGAAACAGCUGUUCAAAAUAAUGCUGACAGGCAGGCAAUAGUGGAUGAAAACUUUAAGAGAACCCAAACCCUUGCUAAUCAUAUCAGAGGGAUAGAAAUGGACAAAAAACUGCAGGUUAUAAUACUUAUGGAAUAACUUUUAGCUUUUUUUAAAAAAAAAAAUUGAAAUCUAGAAAUAGAAAUUUUAAAAAAAUGGUUGGUCUUUUUUUUUCUUGUUAUUAUAAGAAUUCAGAGGAGAUUAAAAUAUUUGACAACCUUGUACAUUUCUUAUGUGGUGGGACUUUGGCAGUUUAUAUCCACAACUAUUUUACAAUGAUAAGAAUUAUUCUAAAAAUUGUUCUUUCUUGUUCCCAAUGCAUAAAGUUAUUUUUUUUAAAUUUGAGAUAAUCAACUGCAAUGAUUUAUUUUUUGCUUUUAAAUAUACAUAACCGAAGUUUAGUUAGGUUUCCCUUAAAUGCAAUUUUAUAAAAUCGAUGAUUACUGAUGUUUAAAUUCACCUUUCAGCUAAAUGAGCUUCUGACUACCAUAGACCAACAAGAAGAGUUGAUGAGAAAGUCUAACAGGUAACACCUUUUCAUGUUUUACUAACAUUACCCUUGACUAGUGUGGCACUUCACAAUCCUUUGUUGUAGUUUUGUUUAAGCAACAUCAUCAAGAGAGUUUAUGUGUGCAUCAUGUUAACUUGACCAAUCUUCUUACUCCCAGGGUUUCAACCCACCAAAUAGGAAACCUUCAGUUUGCUCUAGAUGAGAGAAAAGGGGCUUUCAACACUUUAGCUGCAAAGUACGUAUCUUGCCCUUUUUUUUUUUUUUUUAAAGUUGAUUUUUUAAUUUUUUUUUUUAAAGACGCUUUUCCCUUUGGAAAUUUAAGCAUUUAAAAAAUUCUAAAAUUCAAGUUUAAAAUUUUUUUUUUUUUUUUUUUUUUUUUAAAGUUGAUUUUUUAAUUUUUUUUUUUUAAAGACGCUUCUCCCUUUGGAAAUUUAAGCAUGUAAAAAAUUCUAAAAUUCAAGUUUAAGAUUCAGCUCCAGGGACUAAUGCAGUUUGUUAAUUUUUAACGAUUACUUAAACCAACUGUCUGCAUAAGCAUGAUAAUAAUUACAGAUUUGCUUAAUUUAAACUGAAUUAUAAACUACUGCUGAGUUACAGAGUUCUAUUCCAGUUCUGAAGAAAUGUUGCAGUUGAGAUCAUUAGGAAUUUGACCUAGAAGUGGCUCAUAGAAAAGAAUUUAAAACAAAUUUUUUUACACACUUGGAUAAAGGAAUUUUAAUUAUUUUACAUGUUGUUCAAAUUAUUGUGCCAGGUUGGACCAAUUUUUAAAAUGUUUUCUCCAGAUUAUCGAUGGCUGAGACAGAACUGGCUUUGUCUGAACAAAAGGUCAGCGAGUUCAAUUCAACCAUCAGCAGGCUCAAGUCUGAGAUGCAGGAGAUGGCCGUCAAUCAUAUGAAUGAGAUGAGAAGGGAGAAAGAGGUAGAUAUGAGGAUGACCUUAUGAAUGAGAUGAGAAGGGAGAAAGAGGUAGAUAUGGGUACGACCUUAUGAAUGAGAUGAGAAGGGAGAAAGAGGUAGAUAUGGGGAUGACCUUAUGAAUGAGAUAAGAUGGGCUAAAGAGUUUGAUAUGAGGAUGGCCUUAUGAAUGAGAUAAGAUGGGUUAAAGAGUUUGAUAUGAGGAUGGCCUUAUGAUUGAGAAGAGAAGGGAGAAAGGUGUAGAUAUGGGGGGGGGGGGCAUAAGAAUGAGAUAAGAAGGGAGAAAGAGGUAGAUAUGGGGGCCUAAAUUCUGUUAGCUCAGUUUAUUUGAACAUUGAAAUUAAAACAAAUUGUUUUGCACAACUGACAAAUAACACACAGAUUUUUAUCAUUUUACUUUGUGAGACAUCAAAAUAAUUGGUUGCUUUGAUAUAUUCAGGAUGCUGUAUAGAUAGAAAGAAAUUAAAUGCAGUAAUUCUUUUUAUUUCAUUAUCCUGCAGGACAGAGCCAAUGAAGACUUGAAGUUCCUAAAAGAAAUCUCAGAAACUCAAGAUAAAAAUAAUCAGUUGCAGAACAAAGUAAGGAUCACAUCUCACACACUCAAAUAGUUGCAUUUGCAAGGAAUUGAUGAUUUUCAUUUCUAUCAAUCUUUUAACAAUAAACCCUACACAGUGGACUUAUUGUGGAUGUUAGAACUUAGCCAAUAAAGAUUUAAUGUAUCAAUGUUCCGGUGCCCAGGUAGAUGACCUAGAAAGAAAAUGUCGCCAGCAGCAGGAGCAGAUCUAUGACUUCAAGGAACAGAUAACCCACAUUCAGUCGGAGUUAACCCUGAAAGGUUCACAGUUUGAGGGUGAGUCACUCAUGCACAAUGAAGUAUGGCCCAGUGUUCACAAUUUGAGGGUGAUUCACUCAUGCACAAUGAAGUGUGGCCCAGUGUUCACAAUUUGAGGGUGAUUCACUCAUGCACAAUGAAGUGUGGCCCAGUGUUCACAAUUUGAGGGUGAGUCACUCAUGCACAAUGAAGUGUGGCCCAGUGUUCACAAUUAGGGGUGAUUCACUCAUGCACAAUGAAGUAUGGCCCAGUGUUCACAAUUUGAGGGUGAUUCACUCAUGCACAAUGAAGUGUGGCCCAGUGUUCAGAUGUUAACUGGAAUUGUCUUUGUUACCUCUAAAACUUGUUCAUUUUGUUACGUUUGUUGUCAAUCUUACAAAACCCUGUUGUUUAUUUAUAAAUUAUAAAGACUGAAGAAUUUGUUCAUAUGUAAGAUAAGUAUAAACUGCGGUCAUUUUAUCAAUACUUUGUAUGGUAACCAAAAGAUUCCAAUGUAAAUGAAAUUAAAUGAACAUUUCAUUGAAUAAAUCAGGCCCCAUUACCGUUUGGACAGAUUUCCUUCUGGUAGGCCUACAUAAAUUCCAUAUAAAAUAUCAUUACAGAACGUAUAACCCAAGAAAAGCUGAGACAAAAAGAAGCCAUGAGAGACUUUGAACAGUAUAAACAGAAAGAGGUGAAGUAUUUUUGUCAGACAUUUAUGUUGUGCAUUUCUUGUCAAUUGACUGAAGUUUAUGAGUUUAUUUCAUUUUAAGAGUGUAGAGUGGGGCUUAAUUUAAUGACAUGUCUUGGUUAAAAAAUAAAUAAAUAUGGGUUUGAAAGUAUGAGAUGAAAUGUGAUGCAUCCCCAGAUGGCCCGCAUGAAACAAGAGAGUGAAGAGAUGGAGAGGAUUCUGAGGGACAGAAUUUCCAAAAUGGAGUCCGCCAAACUGGAUAUGGAGGAGGAGAUAAGUCGCCUCAAAGCAGCAAAUAUUUCGGACAAGUUGAAUGCCGAGGAGCAGCUGUCUUCUGUGAAACAUAGGCUCAAGUCUGAAGAGGUGGGUUGUUUACUUGGGUUACUAGGGGGGUUGCCAUGGGUGGAAUGUUUACCAGGGUUACCAGGGGGUUGCCAUGGGUGGAUUGUUUACUAGGGUUUCCAAGGGGAAUGCCAUGGGUGGGUUGUUUGCUGGGGUCACCAGGGGGGUGUGCCAUGGGUGGGUCUUGAUGUAGGGGGUCAGUGGUGGCGGUGACCAGGUUCUAAAUAAGAGUGAUCAGAUACUUGUCAUACUUGUGCAGAUGAAGAUUGCACUUCUUUUCUGUUGCAGGAACAGCGACACAUCCAACUGGAGGAAAAGAUCAGAGUGCUCCAGACAAGCAAAGACGAGCUGAAGAGUCACUGCAGCCAGCAGACGGCAACGCUGUCCCAGCUGCAGCACAGGAACAGUAACCUACAGAUAGAGGUUGAGAACCUUCGGCGGCAGAUGGAGGAAGUUAACCAGGUAGCCGCCGAAAUUUUAGCAGUUCCAAACCUGGGCUUCCCAGAACCCUUUUUAUCAUGACCACUUUUUGUACACAUCUGAGUAACAUUGGCGGCCAACAGGAAUGGAUGUGAAAGUCAUUGCAUGGGACAGGUUUUAAAUUAGUAUGAGUUAUAACCUAUCUGAGGGGUGUGAUUUCUUUAAGUAUGUUGUUGCAUCAUACGUUGUGACAUCUUAUGCUGUUGCAUUGUAUGUUGUGACAUCUUAUGCUGUUGCAUUGUAUGUUGUGACAUCAUCCCUUUGAAUUUCAGGAACUUGCACAAAAGAAUAAUUACACAAUGGCAGAGGUAGCCAAGGUGCAGGUCGAGCUAAAUAAAUCCCAGAGCAAGCUUGACCAGGAACGGGCAGUCCACUCUGAGCUCCGGGAGAAACUUGCGUCUGUGGACAGCCAAAUGUCUGGUAAGUCGUGAUCAGGGGUCAAAUUACCUUUAAAUAUAUAAUUUUGAAUAACAUAAUAUAAUGAUACUAUUUAUUUUUAGGUGUUGGGACAUAAGUUCUUUAAUAGUGUUUGCAAACUGAAAUUUUAAUGAAUAAUCUCUCGCUGUGUAUUUCAUAACAUCAAUAUUUAAAUAACACCAAAUCGAAGAGACAUAUUUAUAUGGCAGUGCUCCAAGAAAGUCGUCCAGGUCAUAGAACAAGAGAUAUUCUUGAUGUUUCUCAAUAUCCUUUUUAAAAGCAAUUCCACUUUUUUAUUAAAAUGCUUAAAUUUCAGAACAAAUGUUGAGACACAGACGGCAGAUGGAGGAGAAAGAGAAGGAGAUUGUGGUGCUAGAGGAAAAGUUAAAAGGCAGAGAGUUAGAACUUGUACGUUUGAGAGAGGAGGAGGCUCAGAGGGUUCAAGUACUGCAGUCAGCCAUCUUGAAUUAUGUUGGCAGUAAGCAAGGCUCAUCGCGAUGAACUGUUGUAAAUGAAGAGCUUAAUUUCCUCCAAGUCUCUGAACUAACAUAUCAAGAAACCCAUUUCACAUUAAAUCUAAAAAUUAUAUAUAUAUGUGUGACCUUUAACCUAUCAUUUAUGAAUACAAAGUAACGGUAAGUAUUUAUACUGGACUUGAAUCCAACAUGGAAUUUCCCUGCUGCACCCAGCAGCUAACUUGCCGACUAUUAAAAUUAAAUGACAAUAACUGCAAUAACCAUUGUUGACUAUGUUUAGUGAAAUAUGACGCACGAUUGCUUGUCGGUUAACUAUGAAACUUGGUAGCUUUUAAAUUGUUAACAUCAGCAUAUAAUGGAUGUGUGGAGAUCUUUAGGACGGCAUGCUGAGUUUUUAUGUGUAUAGACUCUGGAUGAUGACAUCGUGUUGAGGAUGUUUUAUCUGGGAGUGUACAAAUGGGCAGCUAAAUGUCGUCAUCAAUGCCAAAACUUUCUGGGAUUUUUUAAAAACUAAUUUUGUCUGAAGUGUAGAAAUGUCUUAGUCUGUGGUUGCGUAGAUUUGUACACACACAUUGGGGUGUUUCAUUCUGUUAUCUUUGGCUGUGCCGCAGUUAUUAUUGACAUGUCAGAGCUACCAUUUCUUAGAUGAGAUUUUUGAGAGUUUCCAUUAUGGAUGAGAGUGAUUUAUUUAUAGGAACAUAAUAUGUGAUAGAAGGAAAAAUGAUAACCUUUAUAUAUAUAUAUAUAUAUUUAUAUAUUUAUUUAUUUAUUAUUUUUUUGUUUCUCUCCUGAUGUUAUUCUUUAGCUCAACAUCAGGAACUCAAAAUUGUUUCUUUUUACAAAAUUUGGUUCAGUAAAAUUUCAGGGUGUAACUAACCCUCAGUGCACUAUGAUAAGCAAACAAUCUUGGUGUGCAACUGUGCCAAGUGUAAAUAUCAUGGAACCACCUUGUACAAAUUUUCUUUUCAUGAACACCCGUUCACAUAAAUAUCUUUUCAAGGAACUGGUUUGAUCUUACUCAAGAAAACUAAGUGGGUCAUACAUACAAUAGAACUAUCUGAACCAACUGAAAUAUUACACAUUCAAAACACACAUUGGGUUUGGUCUUCCUUGAAAUAUCGGAUUACUGUAAUAUCUAAUCUAUUAUUAACUGUUUUGUUUUCACUAAGUAGUAAGUUUAAGAGCUUUGCAUUAUUAGAGUAUUAUGUGCCAAGCCAUAAGAUCCAUCUGUGAUUUUGUUUGCAGUUAUAGAACUUGCCUUCUACUUCUAUUCUCCACUUCAAUUUUGCUUCUUGCUUGCUCAUUACCAGACAUCCCAUAAUCCCUUCUAUUGUGUUGGUGUCAACAAUAAUUGCAUCCUGGAUCCUGGAUACAGUUACCUAAUCCCUUGGAUUGUAAAUGUCCCUUCUGAUGCUGUUGCAGACAUGCAGAGUAAAGUUGAUAAAAUUUUUGUCUUAGAAUACUGAAACCUAGUUAGUAGUGAACUGGACUCCAACAAAGGAGGUCAACGUCCAUUUCUUCACACAUUCUCUCCAAAGUAAACGGCCUCCACGGAUGGUAUGAAUGUACCCUCCACCCUCUCCCAAUUGAUGGUACAAAUACUCCUCCAUUGGUGGUACAUUUUUCUCCCUAAGUCGAUGGUGCAAAUGUACCCUUCUUCAUUGUGGGUCACACAUGCUACCCAUUCAUUGAUGGUCACACAUGUAACCCAUUCAUUGAUGGCCAAAAAUUUACCCAUUCAUUGAUGGUCACACAUGUUACCCAUUCAUUGAUGGUAAAAAAUGUACCCAUUCAUUGAUGGUCACAAAUUUACCCAUUCAUUGAUGGUAAAUUAAAGCUACAAUGGGGUACUUAUUAAUAUUAAACUAUAACAUUCUCC